GGAAAUCCCCAGGGAUAACACUUUGAAACAUUUCCCAUCGCUAGCAGUAUUCGGUUUGCAAAAAAAUAGGUUUUCAUGAAAAAAUGGAAUUAGGCAAGAAACUACGAGAAAGUGGCUGGUACUUUACGGAUGAGGGCCUUAAAGUGCUGUCAACGGCAGUGGGAUGUGAGGAGCCCCGCAAAAUUAUUGAUGAGGCGCUGAACCGAGAUAUACGCGACAUAGGCGGCGGAGCACUGCCUACAAAACGAGAGGAUGCCUCAGUGCCGGGUCGGAUUGUCCUGCAGGUCCAGAGAAUCCGAAACAUAUCUGCCCCCAAGGCGAAUGAGGAGUCGAAGGCGGCGCCCCGCCUUCUGCAGCUUGAUCUGAGCGAUGGCCAGACAUCUAUACAAGGCCUGGAGUUAGAGCCGGUGCCACAGCUGAGUCUGAAUGUCGCGCCCGGCACCAAGAUCUAUUUCAAGGCUGAGAAGCUUCAGUUGAUCCAGGGAUUCGUGGUGCUGCGCUCCGCGGAAGUCCAGAUUCUGGGAGGCCGCGUUGAUGCGCUUUACGAGAAGUGGGAUCUGGCCAGGACCAUGCUUAGGUACGCCCGCAGCGGCCGCCCAUUGAGUGGCACUUCAGCUCCUCCGCCGUGGGUGGCUUUUGGAAAAAAAAUCGACUCCACAGCGGACAGGAACUUCAAGAGUCUGGGCUCCUCCGGCGACAAGGAGAAGCCCGUUAAGGAGAACGACGAGUUCAAUGCCAUGCGGAACGAAGCCAUCGCCGAGGCCACCAAGGCGGGUGGCAAGAAGGUAUUCGGCGGCGGUGGACAGAACAUUGUGGAUCACAACAUCAAGAAGAUUCUUGAUAAGGGCUUCACGGAGGAUGAGGCCCGCAGUGCCUUGCACGCAACAAGAAAUAACCUGGAGCGUGCCCUUUUCAACCUGAAGAGGCGCAAGGAGGCUGGCGGCGUAGGACCCAUAGAGGCCAUGGGACGUCCUGGGCGUGGAGAGCGUGCUGGUAGGGAGGGGAAGCGAGGAGCCAGCAGCAAGGACGAGGCAGAAGCGCCAAAGCCUGCAGCGAACGCCACGCUUUUUGAUUUCCUUACCACCAAGCUACCAGCCUCCGAGGCACCAGCCCCAAGUGUUCCCGAGACCUUCGCCUCGACUCCAGCGGCGCCAAACACUGCCAGUCAUUAUAAUCCCUUCAAGCAAUACGGCAGCUCCAGGUUCGGCGAACCAGACAGUAAGCCAUCUCUUGGCGGAGGAGGUGGAAAGUUUGGCGAUCGUUCGAGGUUCGAGAACAACGUAUCGAGCAGUUUUGCAGCCCACCGUGGUGGCCAUGGUGGAUCGUCGAGGGGCGGAGGACGCAAUCGAGGUGGCGGCAAGGAUGAACGGCCACCGAGGGACGAAAAACCGCACAGGGAAGAGAGGCAACCGAGGGAGGAGCGACCGCCAAGGGAAGAGAGGCCUCCCAGGGAGGAGCGCCCGCCAAGGGAUCGUGGUGGUGCCUUUAACGAACGUGUGUCUGGACGUCACAAGGCGGAACAGUCGACCGGGAAGGCCACGAAUCGCAAUGGCGUCGAUAAUCCUCCCGGCAAGAGUGCCACCGAGGUAAAAACAGAGCCGGAAGCAACCAAUGGAAAGGAUCAGGCCGGGAAUAGGCGAGGCAGCGAUCGGGGCAGCAACCGUAGUGGGUCCAGUCGAGGCGAGAAUGGCAAUGCCAACGGAAACCGGCGUAAGCAGCAGGGAGGCAGCUCCGGAUCCGUACCAGGCGCCGCCAAGUCAGGAGAGGAUUUCAGUGCUCGCCUCACCAAAGUCACCGAGGAGACGGCCAAUCUCAAGGUGAGCAGUGCUCCCAAGCGCGAGAAUCGCCGCCGGCAGGGUCAGGGCAAUCGCCAGGGAGGAGCGGCCACAGGAUCAGACCCUCAGCAACAGCAGCAGCCGGCAGCUCAGGUGCCAGCGCAAAAGUCUAAUCAGAAGAACCAGCAGACGCAGCAGCAGAACCAUCAACAUCACAAUCACCGUCAUAAUUCUCAGAGCAAUUACAGUCAGUUGCCAAACGGAUAUACCUACGAUCCCAGCAAGAUCAUGGGUUUCCAAAGCAAGGAGGCUAACGAGUUCGCCAUGAGCCUGCUCAAGAGUCAGGGCGUGGGAGUGGCCGCUCAGCAACAACAACAACAACAACAGCAGCAGGAGCAGCUGCAAAAACUUCAAGCGGCGACAUUUGUUUCGGCUCCAGGUCCAGCUCCAGCUCCCACUAACGCCCAUCCUCAUCCUCAUCAUGCUCCGGCUAUAUCUGGGCCGCAGGCCGCUCCCCGGGAUCACUUUGGUAUGUCGCCCGGCGAUGCCUGGAUGUGGAAGAAGGGGGACUUGUGCAUGGCCAAGUACUGGGACGAUGGCAGGUAUUAUGAGGCUGAGAUCACGGGAGUUUCGGAGAAAACUUGCGUGGUCUUCUUUUUGGGAUAUGGCAACCACGAGGAGGUCCUGAAGCUGGACAUUCUUCCCAUCACGGACGCCCAGAACAGGCCGCUCAGCAACGCUCCACAGUAUCCCAUGCAGAACCAGCAGGCGCCGCCGGCGCAUCCUCAUUCGCGCUUUCGCGGCGAUCGCCAGGCCCAGCAACAGCAGGUCUAUGUGCCGCCCCACAAGCGGGAGCAUUGAGGCGGUCUGUUUACAACGUAUUUAAAUCAAUUAAAAUGUUUCGAAUAAAAAACUUUAAAGUAAAUUUGAAAACAAAGAAAAAGUUAACCACCAAAAAACUUUCCAAAUCAUUUUAAAAAAUAUCUAGAAAAGUUAUAAGUUCUUUUAACUUUUUUUUCAUUUAAAAAGUGUGUAAUUCCAAGUAAAGCUAAUAAACAUCUAGAGCUUUUUUAAAAAAUGAAUAUUUAAAAAAUGUAUGCAGGUCCACUUAAGGGUUAAGGAUUUUCGGAAAUUGGCAGCACUUUGCGGCGGUGUUGACCAACACUGGCGCAACAUUUUGCGAAUUUUUCCUCACAUACAUACAUAACUUAUUUUUAACAUUUUUCGACGUGAUUGUGAUGUGCAUUUUCUCUCAUAGUUUGUGCUUAACCAUGUAAAAUAUAAUUAGAAAAUAGUGUAUAAACAAUAAGAAUUAGUUCAAAGUAAACAUAAUGCCCGCAAAGUAUCUGAACCUUUAAUGUAAAAAACAAAAACGAGAAACGAUCUAUAAAUAUUAACCACCCACAGUUGUUAACUUAUUAGAAUUACUCUAGAACUUAGACGAGCA